AAGUUUGAGAAGAAAGCAUGACAUCACUCAGACUUGCUCUCCACCCAAAAAGAUCUGGGAUGGAGGUGCAAACGUGAGCUGGACAAGCAAGGAGUUAGCAACUCUUUUCAGCUCAGUUCCUGAGGAAAUAGUGCGAGUUAUAAGCUCUAUGCGCUAUAAGGAAGUACAUUUUCUUGCUAGCAAAACCAAAACUGGCUUCAGAUCUCUGACAACGUGAAAGUAAUGGAAAGGAAAAGACCAUAGGAAGAAAGUUGAAAACAAGAUAUUUUUUUUUGGCACAGAUUCUAACAGAAAUACUUGACUUCUUUCCAUGGAACCGUACAACUUUCGGAUCUGAUGCACAGUUCUUUUAAUUUUUCUCAAAUCAUAGUAAUUUAUUUAUGGUUAAAUGAAGAGAUCAAAGUGUGAAGCAAGCAAAUACUACUUAAACGGUCUGGAAGGAUAUUAUAUCAUCACUGGAGGAACAGACUUUUUGAACUUGCAUGGAAAAUGUCCCUUUUAAUACGAAAAGUUGCUAAGGAAAACUUAUGAUUGAAAUCUUACAGGAAUUUGAUCUUGGUUGUACUUUUAACCUUAAAUAGACCAUGGAGAAUUUAUUAUCUCUGCUCUGUUGUCAUUAUUCUUUGCUGAUUUUAUUUCAGUUCCAGUAUCAGGUGUAUGGAAACUAUUCCCAGCUACUCAAACACCCAGGGUUCAAAGUUCUUGCAUCAGCUUCCCAUUACUGGCCAUUGGAAGAUGUGGAUGGAAUUCAUGAGUUUCGGGAUACGAAUGGAGCUCUAAGAAUCCACAACUUCACUGUGCUUCCUUCCCAUAACUCUACCUUUGUAUAUACCAAUGACUCUGCCUACUCUAACUUCUCUGCAACUGUAGAUAUUGUGGAAGGACUAGUGAAUAAAGGAAUUUACGUUCGUGAAAAGAAAGGAGUUACCUUUCUCUUCUUUGGAAGCUAUCAAAAUUCUUGCAUUAGCAACCCAGAAGUCUGUGGACCUGAAGGAGUAACAUUUUCCUUUUUCUGGAAGACUCAAGACCAGCAGGCUAAGUUCCCCCCUGCCUCCGGUGGACAAGUAAUUUCCAGUGGUUUCAAAAUCUGUUCAAAUGAAGGUGAAGGUUCAGUAGAAUUUUACACACGUGGGAAUGCAAUGAUGAAGUGGAAAGCAAGCUUUAGUCCACCAGGUCCUUAUUGGACUCAUAUUCUCUUCACUUGGAAAUCAAGAGAAGGACUGAAAGUCUAUGUCAAUGGAACUCUAAACACAUCUGACCCAGAAGGGAAAGUUUUCUAUGAUUACGGAGACCCCAAGGCAAAUCUGCUGACUGGGACAGAGGGGGAUCAAACUAAGCGCUAUGUGAAUGGGGCAUUUGAUGAAUUCAUUAUAUGGGAAAGGGCACUCACCCCCAAUGAAAUUGAGCAAUAUUUUACAGCUGCUAUUGGUGUGCAAGUUUUGCUUUCUUCAACACUUCCAUGGUCUAUGAUGACAACUACUGCAAUACCUUUGCUGUCUACAAAUGCCUAUCAUCCCAUCAUAACUAAUCUGACCAAGGAGAGAGGGAACUUCCAGUCCCCCAACACCAUGCUGGACUACCUGGAAAAUGUAUCGUUCAGAUUGCCCAACAAAUCCUUGUCAGAAAAUACUGCUCUAAGCCUGACAGAGGCAUUUUUAAAAGCCAUUGAAGACUUUCUGCUGUUGCCCAACUGGCUCGAAAUACCUGAGACUGCUCACAUAUUUGGAAGUUUAAUUCAAACUAUUGACAGUGUGAUGGUGCAUAUGACACGCAAUCUGGAAGAGAACACAUUACCUCUAACUGUUGAGGGCACAUCACCUGUGGCAGAUUACACCUUGGCUAAAAUGCAUCCUCAGACUCUGAAUUUGUCCCGUUAUCGCUUUCCAUCUCGAGGACAGAGUUAUAUUUCCAUUCCCAGUGAAGCUUUUCAAGAAAAAGCUUGGAUUACCAUUGUCGGCCUGUUUUACCAUAACAUGCACUAUUUCUUUCAUAAUAUCAACCCUAUGGAUACCAAGAUUGCUGAAGCUGCUGCCUACAAAGGCUAUAUGAUCUCAGCAACCAGCUAUCUCAUCUCCAUCAAAGUAGAUCCUUCGCCCAAGCUGUCCCACAAUCUGUCAGGAUCUCCUCUUAUUACCAUCCAGCUCACACACAAAUUGACUCCCAAACAAUACAGCCUAGCACUAAAUAAGAGUAACAGAGUUCAUCUUUACUGUGCAUUUCUGGACUAUAGCAAUGGAACUGGUGUCUGGUCUAAUGAAGGUUGUGUGCGUGAGAGUGGGGACCUCAACUACUCUGUGUGUCUUUGUAACCACCUCACUAACUUCGCCAUUCUGAUGCAAGUGGUGCCUCUGAAGCUAACGAGAGAACACCAGGUGGCCCUCUCCUCCAUCACUUACAUCGGCUGUGCUCUGUCCAUCUUCUGCUUGACGAUCACGCUGGUCACAUUUGCUGUGUUGUCGUCUGUGAGCACCAUCCGCAACCAGCGCUAUCAUAUCCAUGCGAAUCUGUCCUUUGCUGUUCUGGUAGCUCAGAUCCUGCUUCUCACCAGUUUUCAGUUCAGCCCUGGAACGCUGCCUUGCAAGAUCUUGGCCAUUCUCCUUCAUUUUUUCUUUCUGAGUGCUUUUGCAUGGAUGCUGGUGGAAGGAUUUCAUCUCUACAGUAUGGUGAUCAAAGUAUUUGGGUCAGAAGAGAGCAAGCAUUUAUAUUAUUACGGAAUUGGAUGGGGGUGCCCAUUGGUGAUCUGUGUAAUUUCCACAACAUCAUCCCUAGACAGCUAUGGAGAAAAUGACAACUGCUGGCUUUCACUAGAGAAUGGAGCAAUCUGGGCUUUUGUGGCACCGGCAUUGUUUGUAAUUCUGGUCAAUAUUGGUAUUCUCAUCGCUGUCACAAGAGUUAUCUCAAGAAUCAGUGCAGACAACUAUAAGGUGCAUGGAGAUGCCAAUGCCUUCAAACUAACAGCUAAAGCCGUUGCUGUUCUCUUACCGAUCUUGGGAAGCUCGUGGAUCUUUGGGAUUCUGGCUGUCAAUACCCACACGUUGGUAUUUCAGUAUAUGUUUGCUGUUAUCAAUUCACUACAAGGAUUUUUCAUGUUCCUUUUUCACUGUCUUCUGAAUUCAGAGGUUAGAGCUGCUUUUAAGCACAAAACCAAGGUCUGGUCCCUUACCAGUAGCUCAACUCGCAACAUCAAUGUGAAACCCUUCAAUUCAGACAUUAUGACUGGGAACAGGCCAGGCACAACCCCCACAAAGCUGAACACCUGGGAUAAAAGCACCAAUUCAGCCAACCGCAUUGAUUUAUCAGCAGUCUGACAGUAAUACCAGCUCCUCAGUGAAAAUCAAGCCAUACAUUCAGGACUUCUGUCACAGUGUCCACCAGUUUUUUUCUCACUGUUAAUACCAGUAGAAAACUGCUUUUUUAAUCACUGCCUAAUAAAUUGGAAAUUGCCAUAUUUUGUCAACUAAAUAGUGCUCAUCUGCUUGCCUUUGAAACUACCACAUUCUACCACUUGCCUGUUAGCAGCAUCUAAAAGUAACUAGCACAAAUAUACACUGGAUGGUCUUGUCAGCAAUGAUGAAAACACUAGGUAUGCAAGAAGAGUUUAUACUGUCUGAACCAUUCCAGCUCCCAGAACCGAGGAAAGGCAACAUACUUCGGGAAAGAUGGAUUUUUAUGCUCUAAAAUAAAAUGUUUCCCAUUGUGAUGUUGUAAUGGGGCAAUUCUGGUCUUGCUGUGCACUCUCUGUUUACAUUUAUUACCUUACAGAAUGCAAUUAUUGAAGUGACGCUUAUUCAA